GCGCGUCUACAUUUUAUUAAGUCGUAAAAUCAAUUUAAUUUAAAAUUAAAAUCACAUUAAGGGCAAUAUCGUAAUUUUGGGUCUCAAAGGCUCCUUACAUAAGAGACGAGCGAGUAACAGAAAAAACGAAAUUUGGUAAUAAAUUUAGAGGGGAAAACAGAGAAAAAGGAGAAAGUGAUGAGCGAAAUCGUGUUAUUGAUAGAUGAUUUGAGAUCAUCAUCGUCUUCUUCUGCGCCUUCCAAUAUUUGCAGAAUCUGCCAUGAUGAAGAAUUUGAGAGCUACAAAACUCUCGAGGCUCCUUGCGCUUGUUCUGGGACUGUAAAGUUUGCGCACAGAGAUUGCGUACAGAGAUGGUGCGAUGAAAAGGGCAACACAACUUGUGAAAUUUGCUUACAGAAAUUUGAACCUGGUUACACAUCUCCACCAAAGAAAAUACAGCUAAUCGAUGCAACAGUGACAAUAAGGGGGAGUUUGGAAGUGCCAAGAAAUGAUGAGCAACAACUUGAAACAGAGCAUUUUGAGUGUGACGAUGCAGCUGAUAGAAGUGCUUCUUUUUGCAGAACAUUGGCUCUAAUUUUCACAGCGCUGCUUCUGACAAGGCACUUGUUUGGUGUUGUAAGUGGAGCAGGGGAUUACCCCUUUUCACUUGUUACUGUGUUGAUAGCCAAGGCUAGUGGUAUACUAGUUCCCAUGUACAUACUGAUUCGGAUUUUAGCAACACUACAGAGUAACAUUAGGCAUCAUUAUCAGAAUGCUCAUACUGAUUCAAACUCCGACGAUGAUGAUGAUGACGAAGAUGAUGAUGAAGAAGAUGAAGAGCGGCGGCAUAGUAGUAUUGAAACACUAGUUUAAACCUAUUCUUUGUACCUUCUGUGAAUUCUUCUCCUUUUUUCUUUUUCUUUUUUUCAUUUUUCUUCUACAUAUACAGAUGAAGAUAUAGAGAAAAGCCUUACAGAAACAUUAUGAAAAUGGGGGGAAUUUUUUUAUAUUUUAUCUGCAAUUCCUAAAUAAAAUUGAAAGAGAGCCAGAAA